UCCUGCCUUGGACUCCCAUAGUCCUAGGAUUACUGGCGUGAGUCACUGCACCCAGCCUCCCUGUACAUUUUAAACUUCCGAAAAUGUGUCUGCUUGAAGGGUUUAUAUUUAUAUUAUGAAUUCAGCAGCAGAAACAGGCGUCUGGUCUUUUUAUCUUCCUAUCUUGAAUAUUUUUCCAAAGGUACAUAUCUUUAUCAUAUUUGUGAUUAUUAAAUGUUUAUAAUAAAUUUAUACAAAGAUUGGAAAAUAGUAAGAAAUUAUUAGGACAAAAGUAAAAAACACAAUCCUAAUCAUUGCCUCCUUUCCUAACUCACCCCACUCCCUCCAAUUGGGUUUCAAGAAUUUGCAAGUUAAAUGGUAGCUGUUAGUGGCUGAGAAGAGGGUGGGUAGAAGAAAGGUAGCUACUUUUCUGUUCUUGUAGCCUAGGAAGGGAUAAGUAAUCCUCUCUCUCCAUGCAACCACUAAACAAGUAACAAUGGUUAGUGUAACUAUGGGAAGAUGCAGCCCCUCCCUGGUAAUUAGAGAAAGGCAAAUUCCAACCACAGGGAGAAGGGGCCACUUUUGACCUCUGGAAUUAGCAAAGACAGACCUGAGUGACAGGGCCUGGUGUGGUGGGGGGUGGGAGGCUGGUAAGCCAUCCACUUCUGCAGCGUUGCUGGUGGGAGGGCAAAUUGGGGACCAGAGUUGGAGGAUGACAUAAUCCUCACGUGAUCAGGAGCUGCCGGAACCGAAGUCCUUAUAUUCCUGGGCUUCUUUCUCCUCUGGGUACCAGCUCCUCACUGCCCUGCAGACGUGGGUGCUUGUGGCCAAGGGAAGGAAGAGGUAAAUUCCUUAAAUCCCAGCAAGGUGAUAUGAAGGAACAACUGGGACCCCGGGGACAGCAGUGGCAGAAUCCAGUUAUUGGAAUAGGUCCAGGCUUGCUUUCCCAAAACCCCUGCAAAAUCGUCGGAGAUAAUUGUAGCUUUUUAAGUGGGGGGAGGGGGAGGUGGAAGUCUCUUGAGAAACACCCAAUAUUCAGUGAUAGUUUAGAAAUAAUCGGCUUUUCUCAUCCUGGCAAGCUUUCUUUUUAUCCUUCUCUCUGGUCUUUCUCCAAUUCCGUUGGAUAAAAUGGUAGGCCUGGGGUGUGGGUUGGUAGGUGGAGAAAAGCUGAAAUCUUGGGAUGGGGACAAGAGAAAUUUAAAGAUAACUUGAAAAUAGUUCGCUUUACUCAAUGCUGGCCUGCCGCCCUGGUUGGGUGGGGCGGAAGGAGGAGGGCGACCGUGGGCCUUGCAAGGACCAGGCCUGAGGGUGAGGGGUGGGAGGUGGGAACAGAAAUCCUGCAGCGAAGGGUAGGGAUAGGAAGGGAACAAGGAGGUAGGAAAUUGUGGGCGACCGAUGGAGAUGAGAAUCCUGGAUUCAAGAUAAUAACGAGUGUCUUGUCUCUGGAGCUGCUGGUUGAUCCACGGAGAGCUCCCUUCUCCCCGCCCCCUUCCUUUUUGUUUGCAGGUCGGAGGGUUCACAGCCAUCUGGAAGCAAGAAAAAGAGCAGGAAACAACACCGCAUCGGCACAGCAGGAAACAGCAACAACAUCAUGCAAAAACCCUGCAAAGAAAAUGAAGGAAAGCCCAAAUGCAACGUGCCAAAGAGGGAGGGAGAAUGCCCCUAUGGAGAAUUUGAACGCCAGCAAACGGAAUGGAAUUUUAGACAGAGGCUGCUUCAGUCUCUUGAAGAAUUUAAAGAGGACAUAGACUAUAGGCAUUUUAAGGAUGAAGAAAUGACAAGAGAGGGAGAUGAGAUGGAAAGGUGUUUGGAAGAGAUAAGGGGGCUGAGAAAGAAAUUUAGGGCUCUGCAUUCUAACCAUAGGCAUUCUCGGGACCGUCCUUAUCCCAUUUAAUGCAUUUCUCUGAAAAUUCAGUUAUUUUCUGUUAUUAAUAUUGCCACUGCUUUCUGUUUGCAUUUCCUUGCUAAAUAUUUGUCAUUAUUUUACUCCAAUCCUUCAGUGUUGCUUAGACUUACAUAUGACUUGUAGUCAACAUCUCAUCUUUUGACCCAGUCUUACUCAUUUAAUAAAGAGUCUCAUUCAUUUGCAUGGGAAGAUGCUCACUGUAUAUUGUAAAGUGAAAAUAACAAAUUGAAAAAACAGUGUGUAUAUAUACACUUUAUAUGUACAUUUCUAUAUGAUGUAAUGCAAAGGGAAGUGUCUGAUUUAUUAUACACCAAAGGUUAACAGUGAAUCUCUGUGUGAUCUGUAUUUUCUCUCUUUUUUUUGACUAUCUGCAUCUUCUCAUUUUCCAAAAAAUGAAUAUGUGUUUGUGUGUGUGUAUUACUUGUGCCACCAAAAGAAAACCCUCUAAAAUAGUCACAAUACAACAACUUGUCAAUCACCUUUGGAAAGCAGUGAAACACUUAAUAAAUUCAAUAACAGAUGUAUAAAAAAGAAAUGUAAACUUCAGAUUACCUCUGGAUCUCUUAGAGGAAUAAACUGGCUGUUACUAUAGA